AUGCCGUGUAAACUGACCAUAGACACUGGAGCCUCUCGUACGGUUGUUAGUUCCCAACUUAUAAGUCAGUUCCUUGGGGACUCCGCAUACAACCGAGAACGCAUUAAUUUAUUAACAGCCAUCGGUCAGCGUAUACCCGUCCGUGGAGAGAAGGAGAUGGAGUUGAAACUAGACAACGUGAUCUACCUGCAUAAUGUCAUCGUGGCUGAUAUAAUGGACGACUGCAUCCUGGGCCUAGACUUUAUGAGGAAUAACUGUUGUGAGAUCGACGUUAAGCAAGGUGUUUUGAAAUGUGGACAGGAGGAACUUUUUAUGGAAGGUGCGUUACCAGGGAAUGUGUACAGUAUUAAGAAGAUUGUUCUUCCACCGAGAUCGGAAACGAUUGUUCCGGUUAGUCUUCCUCAAAACGUUGGGCAAGUUCAUCGUUGUGUACUUGUGGAAAGGGUAAACAAUGACCUUCCAUGGAAAGUAGCUCGAACCUUGGUCAGAACCACUGACGUCUCAGGAGUACGUGUGCUGAACCUUUGUGACCGGGAACAGAGAAAAAGGCACGCUGGUUGGUACUUGUGA